ACUUCGGCGGCGCAAACCAUCUUCACACCUUCGAAUUCGCUGCGAGCUACGAGAUAUUCUUCACUACUGACCGGACAAGGCCGUGAUCUCACCUAACAGCACGAGUGAGCCUUGUCGCCCUUCCCGUCCUCCAUUGCUCGGCCCCAAACAUCUUUGCAUCGAAAUGGCCACCGAAUCCGCCGCCUGGCCCGUCGCCGACCAAGCGCUUACCCAGGAAAUCCUCGAUCUUGUGCAACAAGCCAGUCAUUACCGCCAGCUCAAGAAAGGUGCCAAUGAGGCGACCAAGACGCUCAACCGCGGUAUAUCGGAGAUCAUCAUCCUCGCGGCAGAUACCGCUCCCUUGGCCAUUCUCUUGCACCUGCCACUGUUAUGCGAAGACAAGAACACACCUUAUGUCUACGUACCCUCGAAGAUGGCGCUCGGUAGAGCCUGCGGUGUCAGCCGCGCAGUUAUCAGCUGCAGCAUCACGACCAACGAAGCCAGUGAUCUGAUGGGACAAAUUCGUGCGUUGAAAGACAAGGUCGAGAGACUCAUGAUCUAGACGGAUCAUCACUUGAAAUUAGAGUUGAAUGAGGGAAGGCCUGGGUUUUGUAACGGCGAUCGCCCUGUCACCAACGUGAGCGCAGGAAAGUGGGUGCUGACGAGGCCGAUAAGUCCUCGACUCUCUGUCUCUCCCUGUGAAGGCAAGAAAAUAUGCGUAUCAAUAGGAUAAACAUAACGUCCCACAACGACAGCCAGCUUCUGGUUAAUCUUCAGUUUUAACAGCACUAUGCGAUUGCUCAAUGCUGGAGAUGAGACAUUGUGAAUAAACUGGUUCAAUGAAUUCCGCAAGCAUCAUUCAAUGAGUAUUGUCAUCGCUGCUCUAGAAGACUUUGCUCAAUGCAUGUAAAAUACUCCUGAACACCCUCCAAAACAAAAUCCGCUCAC